AUGUCUUCUUCCCCCUCCGUAGCAGGGCUCCUUCACUUCAUUUCCGCUGGGGUUGGCACGGUGCUUACCAACGCGAGUUCACGCGCGUUGCAAAAUCCUUUUCCAUUCGAUCCUGGCUUCAAUAUCGCCGCUGUAGCCACACUGGCGCAAGCCUUACCGACCCACUCCUGGGAAUACGGGACCGCCGCCCAAAUGCUUUUGGAAACCCACAAUCCGGCUUACUCUGUUUUUGGACCCAACCCAUUUCCCGUUCCGAUCCUCAAUGCAUCCACCAUUCCCGCGCUUUCCUACGCGCAAGCGCACAUUUCGCUGGGGGGCCAGAACGGCCUUUCCAACGGAGACGGGUCUGUCGGAGACCCUGCGAGCUUGGGGGUUUCUGCGGUGAUGUUGGCCAAGACACUCGACGGGUACAAAGACGCGUGCCAAAAGGAGAUCAACUACAUUCUUUCUGCCUCCCCUAGGUGGCCAAACGGCGCCAUAUCGCAUCGAGCAAGCGUGCCUGAGCUAUGGGCUGACUUUAUGUACAUGGCGCCCCCGUUCAUCGCCUACUUGGGCGCAGACACCAACAACCUCACUCUCCUUGAGACCGCCUACCGCCAAAGCGGACUCUACCGCGAAGUGCUGCUGCUGGGGACCAACUCGACUUCACCCGCCCCGCUCGUCAACGCCUCGGUUUCUAACACGAAAUGGCGGCAUAUUGUUGGCCCAGAAAGCGCUGACGCUGGCUUCUGGAGCACAGGAAAUGCUUGGGCAGCUGCGGGCAUGGCCCGAGUGCUUGCGACCAUCACAAAAGCCCCCAUUACAGCCAAUGCGACAUGGAAAGCAGCCGCUGUCCAGGACCUCACUGGCUGGAUAAAGGAAAUCGUUGAUGGCGCUCGUCUUUCCCCGCCAGCUGCCGAUGGCCUCCUGCGAAACUACCUCGACGACACGAACGACAGCGGCCUCGGGUUCGGCGAAAUAUCGGGGAGCUCGAUGCUUGCAAGCGUUGUCUAUCGCAUGGUUGUCCUCGCCCCCAAGGCUUUCCCCGCCAAGACUUACCUUCCUUUUGCGGACGGCCUUCGCGGUGCGCUUGCCAAAAACCAACACAUCACAAGCAACGGCACAGCUACCCCCGCUGUGAACCCACUGUGGUGGAAAGACACGAAACCGUGGACUGCAGGCAGUCCCGAAGGCCAAAGCUUUGUUGUGCUUAUGUACGCUGCGUGGAGAGAUUGUAUUUGGUUGAAAGUGUGUAGUGUUUGA